AUGCGAAUUGUAAGGAGACUGAAACACCAGAGAAGCUCUAGGCCUUGCUGUGAGGCUUUCCUAGGAACAUGGGGACUGCUGGAUUUCCCACAAAGUGCUCAUAGGUUACUCAUGUACUCUUCAAAGAAAGAUGUACAGGGGGUGUUGAAUAAAUGUUUACAAUUUAAAAAAUAUUUAUGUUUUUUUAAAUUGCAGUUUAAAUUGAUUGUGGAAAAUCCAGAAAAACCUGUUGUGUCUGGACUUCAAGUUACAGCUAUUGUGGAAUAUUAUCCUGAGAGUGAAGAAAAUCUUAAAGACAGACUCCUUCUUUUAAUAGAAGAUGACAUAGUUGAUAUCCCCCUGCUUGGAUUAAUUCCGUGCUGUUACCUGGAAAUUGAGUCAGAGAUUAAUUUUGGUGAAGUGAUUGCAAACAGUAAAAUAAUUAGUAAAGAGAUUAGUAUUAUUAACCAUGGAUCGGCUUCAGGUACAUUUAAAAUAUCAUAUGAUGGGGUUGUCCUGCUUAACAUAGAACCUGCCAGUGGAGUUGUAGAGCCGAAAUCUAAAAAGACAGUUAAAGUGGAUAUCUGCACGGAUGUACCUAGAAUCAUCAGAGAAGUGAUAAAAGCAGAGCUGGAAGGUCGUGGUUGCACUGAAGUACAGAUCAAAGCUGUUGUGGUUGAACAAGUUCUUAAAGUUCUAGGAGUCUCUUCUGGAAAUGUAUUGGAAUGUAUUAACUUUGGACCAGUUUACUUUGGGUCUUCAAAGACUGAACAAAUACAUUUGUACAAUGAAAGUCCGGAGUACGUGGACUGGGUAGCAGUACUGGAAGACAAUGCUAUUGGAGGAGAGAUGGGGACAGAUCUUCAGAGGAGUGCAGAUGCUGUUUUACAAGACUUAAGUCUCAAAAACAGAACAAGAGAUGUAGAUGUUUCCACCUUGAUCUUGUGCAUUCCCAAUCAAGGAACCUUGCUGCCUUAUGAGAAAUCUUUGGUUACAUUGUGCUUUAGUCCAAAAAAAUUUAAAAGGGACGUCGGAGUGAAUGACUCAUCACUGAAACAAGAUUACGUCCUGUUUCUGAGAUUUGAAGCUGUUGGAAAUAAAGGUGGCGAUCUGCGGGCCUUCAGUGAUGGUGCCACAGCAAUCACAAUGAAUCAUCCUCAUCACAUGGCGUUAGCUUUGACUGGUUCUGGACUUCCUGUGAUGUUAACUUUUAAUCCAGGACCAGUUAUUAAGUUUAUGGACUGUUUCCAGGGUGAACAAACACAAGUUCUGUGCACACUGAAAAAUGAAUCUGAGUCCCUUCCAGUAACAUUCAGCUUCCGCAAGACUGCUCACUUUAAUAUUUCUCCUGAGAAAGGAAAAAUUAAAAAAAAAUCUGCAAAGGAUGUGGUAUUUUCAUUUUCUCCACAUCAAAUAGGAACAUUUAAAGUGAAGCAAGUUGUUGAUAUCAUUGGUACAGGACUAGAGGAAAAUAAUUUACAGGUUUUGAAGACAAAAUCCAUUCACCAAAUAUAUUUGAGCUUUGUUGGUGUGUGCAAAUCUAAACGAAAAAACAUUAUAUUCAAAAUUAAUCCUGGUAUAACACCAAUGAUUUCCAAUGCAACUGGACAGUUUGUAGCUGAUGGCACAGGACAGUGCACUGAUACAGCACCUGUGGCAAUACUUAAAUCAACAAAAACACAAAUUCAUACUCACUGGAUAAACAGGAAUUGCAAGGAUGAUGCACUUGUAGCUUUUCCUAAUGACCGUGCAGCCAGCAUUAGGCCUAGUGAAUGGAGCAAAAAGUACAGGACUAUUUUCACAAAGACAGAGAGAUACAAUUAUGUAGAUCCAGAGUAUUCUUACACUGACUGUGAACGACUGUCAAAAGAAGCACAUAAGGAAUACUACACAGACUUCAUUUCUAGUUUAAGACAGCGUCGUUUACAGAAAGAUGCCGCUAGGCAGUUUCAUAUUUAUAAUAAUUCUGUGAACAUCGGCCUAAAACCAGCUGAAGGGCUUAGGUCACCAGAGAUCUCAAUCACAGAUUUGCACAAGGAGAAGCUACGGUUCAAAACGCUUCCUUUAGAUGAGAAUUGCCUAUUAACUAGUCGAAAGUUGGCAGCAAUUGGUUCUAAAUCUUCAAUCAAAGAAAUUUGGAGCGGGCUUAGUGCCAUACCAUCUUCUACCCAAGAGAAGGAAGAUUGUAAUCUAGCUUUGACAUCCAAGCAGCUUCAUCAAAUACUCAUUGGUCCUUCUACUAUGGAUUUUGGUGAUGUUUGUGUGCGUUCUACAACAGCCAGAAAACUGCAUAUCAUCAAUAACUUGUUAGUUCAUAUAUGGAUACAAAUAGAGAUGGAAAUGGAUGAAUUACAGCAGUCGGGUCCAUUGUCUCAGGUGGUGCCUCCUCUUACAAAGACUCAUAUUCCAAUUGUAUUUGAGACAAACACUCUUGGAAUCUUUAAAAGAUCUUUCACUUACACAAUAAACAACCAACACCUUGGGCAUGUGCUCGUAGUUGCAAAAGCAGUGUCUGUUGAACUGGAGCUAUCUGCAAGGGAACUGAUUUUAUAUCCUAUUCCUGGCUAUCUAGCAAAGACAGAAUUUAGAACAACUGUCAGGGUAUACAAUCCCAGGAACCAUCCUGCUGGGUUUUCUUGGAAGCCUGUAAUUACAGAUAGAGGAACUGCAUUUUCUAUACACCCAGCCAAAGGCUGUGUGGAGGCCUAUAGGGAUCUGGAGUGUGAAGUUGUUUGGCAUCCAGGGUUCAACUCUCCAGAAGCAGGAGAAUUCAACUUGUGUGUGCGUAAAGGAAACACAAUUAAGUUGAAGUGUUUUGCCAAGUUUGCUUCUACUAAAGUUCAGUUUAUAGAACAAAGGAUAUCCUUCAGUCAUAGUCCGAUGGGCUUAUCUACUUGUAAGACAGCCAUUCUUCAAAACAUAGGAUACAAUCAUGCAUACUUCCAAGUUCUUGAUUCAAACCCACUGCCUGGAAUGAUAAUCACUCCUUCUGAAGGUGUUGUACCUGUGGGAGGCCAUGCUGAUCUCAAAAUCUGUUUCACUCCGAAUGCAAAAAUGAGUUUUGAUACAAGAGUGAAGGUAGCAGUGCGAAAUUCAGGAGUACUAGAGCUUCGGAUUAGAGGCUCUGUAGAGAUCCCUGAAAUAAACAUUGAUAUGGAACUAUUUGACUUUGGUGGUGUUUAUGCUGGUUCUACAAAAUCAAUUCCCUUUUUGCUGCAGAACAAAGGACAAGCGUGUACCAGAGUGGAGUUUGAUUUUUCUAAUUAUAAGCAUUUUAAAUUGAAUGCUGAUGACCACUCAGCUGUUGACUGCUGUUCUUCAAAGCCUUAUUUGUAUUCUGUUAACUUAGAGGGACAGUCGGCCUUGCGAUGCGUGUUGUCCUUCAUGCCGAAAGAGGUGGCAGCAUAUGACUUCCUGCUUCCAGUUACUACUCCUCGCGCUGACUUCCCACUGACAGCGCCGAGCCGGGAAUCUGCAAAGCACAUUGUGGCUCCUCAGCCACAGGCGGUGACGGUGGCUCUUCCAGUCCGUAGAGUUAAAGCAGUCGUACUUAACUCACCAUUGGAGUUCUCCUCAAGGGAACUUAAAUUUGCACAACAUUCAAGUGGCAUACAUUUCAAUAUUGCUGAUGAAAGUCUGAAUUGUCAGAAACUUGACCUGAAGAAUAUCUCAAGGCGGCAGUUGACAUGGAAAUUGAGUUGUGAUGAUGCAGGCAAAAAUAUAGACGAUGGUGUUUUUAAAUUUAGUCUGCAGACUGGAUUCCUUGAUCCAGGACAAAAAAUCAGUAUUGAUGUAUUCUUCUGCCCUUCUUGUCCUGGGACAUACGCAUCUGAAAUGUCAGUGUAUCUAGAUGAUAAUCCAUCACAUUACAAAAUAAAAUUGUCUGGCACUCUGAAGUCACCAAAGAUAACUUUCGAUCCCCCCUUUUUAAUGCUGAUGCCAGUUCCUCUGGAUGUGAAAACUGAAGCAGCCGUCAAUAUCAUUCCACAAUAUUAUUUAAGGCAAUCGCAAAUUCGAGUUGAACUUCCAGAGCUUAAACUUGAAGAUGGUGACAGGAUUUACCCUUUUUCUGUACAAUUCCCGGAAGGACAAGAUAUUAUUCUCUCAUCAGAUGGCACGAAUAAGAAACUAACUAGUCAUAUCAGCUUCAGAUCAUCUAGGCCUGUGUCAUUUUUAGGGAAUGUGUUCUUCAUUGACAAAGAAGACAACAG